ACCCGAGCCCAAACAUAGCCCAUGUCUCUUGUCUCAUCUUUAGUCCACCGUGGAGAAUUUUGACCCAUCUUUCCUGUCUUCCAAGUUGUUCACAAUCCAGAUCGAUCACGAUUUUCUGCUAGCCGCCACCGGCCGCCCUAGCCGAUCGACGGACGACACCGCCGUGGCGCCGUGCUAGCCGGCAAGCCCCCGUCUCUACCUUUGCAGAUCCUGCAGCGGCGACGAUCUAGUCCGCAAACGCUGAAGUCUAAUCCGCGGCGAUGAUCCUGUCGCAAAUGCUGAAGUAUAAAGGUUCCUGCGACGGGGGAUCAUGAGGGGAUCUCGAACCGAUCCUGUGGACAUCAACUCUGAUGGAAGCACUGACAGUAGCUCUGAUGAACACUCGAAUAGCAGCUCAGAUGGGUGUGCUGAUAGCUCCUCUGAUGAAGGAAUGCGUAUGAGCUCCGAUGAAGUGAUGUACAUCAGCUCUGAUGAAGGAAGGCACAUAAGCUCUGAUGAAGGCGGGGACACCAGCUCAGAUGAAAGCGUAUACACCAGCUCUGAUGAAGGUGUAUACACGAGCUCUGACGAAGAUUCAUACAGGAGCUUUGAUGGAGGUGCACAUACCACCUCUUCUAAAGGAGUGCAUAAGCGGAUGAAGGUAAAGAAGCCUUGGAAGGUAUGCAUGUCCGUGUGUGACCGUCCUAAACAUUACACAGUUGGCUAUAAUCCAGACUCUAAUGGUAGAUGGAUGUAUUCAAAGAAUUUGAAGAUGUCAAUGUGUGCUCGGAAGCGUCUCAGCCACUAUAUUAAGUCAGUUAAGCCUGCUAUUGGCCACUACGUGUGUGAGAUGAACAAAACCUUUACCAAGGCUGGGCAGAGAAUGUACUUCUCUACUUCCUUCACUAAAGAGUAUCUGGUGGAUUUCAUUACCACUCCAGUUGAUGGGGUGAAGAUCAAGCUAUCAGUUGGUCGGUGUGCAAGACGUGUUCGCCUUAUUAAUGGCGUGGACAACAGGGCCGCCAUAACACAUAACUGGAGUGACUUUGCAAAGGAAGCAAAGCUGACAAAAGGGGAAAUAUGUGUUUUCUCUGUUCGAGCUUGCAAAGGGAAACCAGAAUUCACCGUUCACAAGAUUUAGAAGGUGUCUACAACGCAGCGUUUAAGGACGUGUAUCUAAGGUGUUCCAUAAGGCUAUGUAUAUAUACCUAUGUCUAGUUAUGGUUCCAUGUCUAGUUAUGUUUAGGUGUUGCAUGGACUCUAGUCAAGUGUGCUGAGUUGGG